GCCAAGUAGGCGGUCACGCGCUUGACGCGCAAGCACCUUGAAUGUAUGGUAGUGUUAGUCAACAGAAAAAAUUAACAAAUGAGAUUUAUACUGUAUCAUUGUGGAUCAAUAUAAUAACUUAUUAUGGAUUUAUUGUAUAAUGAAAUUCUUUGGCUUUCUGUUUAGUAAAGUGUCUUUUUCGUAUUUCGGGAUCUAAGUCUCCGAUGGAAAUGGAACUUCAUGGAAUUUUUAAAGCCUUUCCAAAAAUCAAAAGGCAGAGUACCCUGGAAAGGGAAGCGGCACCUCCCAACAAAAAGAAAGUACAGGAGACAGUAACUGGUAAUUUCCUUAGUGGUGUGAAAAUAUACAUACUGUCGGCUGGUAUAGGCAGUGCUCGGUGUAACAUAUUUGAAAAACAAAUCACCCAAAAUGGGGGACUGUCUGAGCGCGCCUUCUGCCCCACCGUCACCCAUGUUAUUGUGGACGACUCGAUGGACCGUGACCGUGCUUUACGGUUGCUCAAGAUGGACCGGCUUCCUGUGUCGAUUCAGCUAGUGAAGAGUUCGUGGCUGAGUCAGUGCAUCAGUGAGAAGAAAUUAAUUGACAUUGCGAACUACAGCCUGUCCAUACCUGAUGGAUACCUGGAGACUCAGAGAACAGAAGAUGAUGCGUGCAGUGCUGCUUCAUGCAGUACAGUCUCAGAGAUUCCUGUUCCUGCUGAAACGAAUGAAGAUGAUACAUCAGAUCAGGUGUUUGAAAGAGCUGAUGAGCACAGAGAGGAGGACGGCGUCUCGCAGAAUGAUCUCGAUGCUCUCAUUAAUGGGCUCAAUCCCGUGGGCGAGACGUCAAACCCGGGAGACAAACCUGACUCGGGAAAGUGGGUCUGCGCUCAGUCCUCCAUUGCCAAGAUUCAGAAUCACAACCAGCACAUCACAGAUAAGCUGGAAGUUCUGGCCAAGGCGUACACACACCAGGGUGAUAAAUGGAGAGCACUGGGUUACUCAAAAGCCAUAAAUGCUCUAAAGAGCUACCACAAAUCCAUUGAUUCAUAUGAGGAGGCGUGUAAGAUCCCAGGUAUUGGAAAGCGUAUGGCUGACAAAAUCCAAGAGAUCAUGGAGAGUGGACACCUUCGAAAGCUGGACUACAUUGGACAGGAUGUUCCUGUAUUAGAACUCUUUAGCAAUAUCUGGGGGGCUGGGACAAAAACUGCAAAACUCUGGUACCAGCAGGGUUUUCGUACCUUGGAGGAUAUCAGUACUAAGGCUCAGCUCAAUUCCCAGCAGAAAAUUGGACUCAAGCACUACGAUGAUUUUCUGGAUCGGAUGCCAAGAGAGGAGGCAGCUGCUAUUGAGAAAACUGUGAGGGAUGCUGCUCAUUGCCUGAACCCUGGACUACUAGCAGUGGCUUGUGGCUCUUACCGCCGAAGAAAGGCUACCUGCGGAGAUGUAGAUGUUCUCAUCACCCACCCGGAUGGAAAAUCUCAUAGGAACGUCUUCUGUCAAGUACUGCAGAACCUCCACCAAAGUGGGUUUUUAACUGACGAUCUAGUCAGCCACGAAGAAAACGGAGAACAGAAGAAGUAUAUGGGGGUGUGCCGUUUGCCGGGCCCCGGUCACCGCCAUCGCAGGCUCGACGUCAUCGUGGUGCCGUACGCCGAGUUUGCAUGCUCCCUGCUGUAUUUUACCGGAUCCGCUCACUUCAACCGCUCCAUGAGAGCUCUGGCCAAAACCAAGAAAAUGAGCCUGUCAGAGCACUCACUGAACAGAGACGUGAUGCGCCAAGGCAGCCUGAAGGUGUGCGCAGGAAUCCCACUGUCCACGCCCACCGAAAGGGAUGUCUUCACAUAUCUCGGCAUCCCCUACAGGGAACCACACGAGAGGGACUGGUGAGGGAGUACUGCACUCGUUAACCUGCCCAGUGGCCUAGUGGUUGUUUACGGGUAAUUGGCAUGCUCUAAAAUGUGGUGUUUCCCCACCUUUUGAUAACUGUGGACUGGUUUAUGUUGUGCAAAAAUUUCAAAGACCGGUAAAACUUGUCAGCUUGGGGGUGUGUAGAGGUGGUAUGCUGAUGGUCGGACCUAAUGGGUCGUAAAAAAGGGCAAGGCUUGAAAAUUUAUAGCAUUCUGCACCCCGGUGUAAAAACCCCCCACUCUAAAAGAACUGCUAUUAAGUGAUAAAUUACUGUGCUGAUAAAAGUAAAUCUACAUAUAAAUUUAAGUAUAGUUUCAAGAUGAAGAUGUAUCAUAUAUAGGUUGUGUCAUAUCAAAUUUAAACUUUUGUUUGACCUUUUAAUCUGAGAAUUAAAUUAAAUGAGAGAAUACUGGAUUUUAGCAGAAUUUGGUGACACUUGUGGGAACUUACAGUUCAUAAAUCAUCGGAAUGUUUUUAAAAAGAACAUGAAUGUGUGUACACAUUAAUAAACAGUACUUGAACUAUG